UCGUAUCUUCCGGAUCGUCGGCAAGUACUUUCCUGCUCUUGUAAUUAGUGCAGAGCGGCUGAGAAGGUAUGUUCUCCAGAAAAUUCUCAAAGAGGUGCCACAAGGGCCUUUCUGUAUCGUGUACAUGCAUAGUGCCGUGAAAAAGGAAGACAACAAUCCCGGCAUGACUAUAUUGAGGUGGAUUUAUGAAGAUCUCCCUUCUGAGCAUAAGAGUCGGCUUCAGGUUCUUUACUUUAUUCAUCCUGGGAUCCGAUCACGGCUAGUUAUUGCUACGCUUGGCAGGUUCUUCCUAAGUGGAGGCCUAUAUUGGAAAAUUAAGUAUGUUAACCGGCUUCAGUAUCUUUGGGAAGACAUAAAGAAAGGAGAGAUUGAAAUUCCUGAUUUUGUGCAAAACCACGAUGAUGUUCUGGAGCACAGGCCAUUGACAGAUUACGGGAUUGAACCGGACCCAUUGCAUUUGAAUGAGAUGCCUGCUACUGCCUACUCCUUGGGGAGGUUUGACUCUAGGUGGGCAUAUAGAGAGGCCAUGUCGUGAGAUAUCAGCUAUAAGUUCCGACAACAUAACUUGUUUGUUAAUUACUAUAAAAGCGUGGCAAUGCUUGAUGUGCUUGUUAGGUUUGCCAAUACAUCAAUAACCAGAAAUAUGUAUCACCUAAUGAUAAUAUCAUGGUGCUUGUUCGGUUUGAAUAAUGUGUUUUGGUUCUUGUAAAUUAGGGAUGGACUUGCCUUCCGGUUCUUAACAGGUAUAGGUGUGUGAGUACUCGACCAGGCUAUUAUGUGCAUGUUUGGUAGGCAUUUGUCGCUAAUUUUUAGCUUUUUUACGACUUAAAAAUUCGUUGUAUGUUUGAUACGUAGUACAACAUUUUAAGGGAUACCAUGGGCGGAUCUUGAUAGCUG